AUGUCGUCUGGCUUUACCUUUACAGUUUUCAAAGGCCAUAAGUCUGGUACGCCUAAGCAGGCCACUACGACUAAACCAGACCCAUUAUCGGAAGAUUACGUCCUAGUUGAAGUCACGGCUUCUGGACUAUGUGGAACUGAUCUCCAUUACAGAACUCAUGACAUGGUCCUAGGACACGAAGGAGUUGGUAAAGUCCAGGCAACAGGACCAGCAUGCAAAUUAUUAAAGAAAGGCGACAGAGUUGGCUGGGGUUACGAGCAUGACUCUUGCGGUCUCUGCCAGCUAUGCCUGAGCGGCAACGAGACAUACUGUCACAAACGUGCUGUGUACGGAACCGCAGACCGGGACCAAGGCAGCUUCGCAACGCAUGCAGUUUGGAGAGAGGCUUUCCUGUUCAGGAUUCCUGAUGAGUUGUCAGAUGAGGAUGCUGCGCCUAUGCAAUGUGGCGGAGCCACCGUUUUCAACGUUCUACACUCCAACAGCCCCCUCCAUACAGAAACUGUCGGUAUAAUGGGAGUUGGUGGUCUUGGACAUCUAGGAAUCCAAUUCGCUUCCAAGAUGGGAUGCCGCGUUAUUGUUCUAUCCGGAACUGAAUUGAAGAAGGACGAGGCUAUGCGAUUAGGAGCGCACGAAUUUGUCACCAUGAAGGGCAAGAAGGUGCUUGAAGUGUCACAGCCGCUGAACCGCUUGCUUGUGUGCACUUCUGCUCAGCCUAAUUGGGAACAGGUUAUCCCUAUUCUGGCUCCCGGAGCAUGGAUUCACCCCCUUUCGGUCGACGAGGGCAAUUUCGAAAUCCCCUAUUUACCCCUUAUAACUGACGCCAUUACCGUCCAAGGAUCCACUGUUGCUCCGAGAUAUAUUCACCAACGUAUGCUGGAGUUUGCUGCCCUGCACAAUAUCAAGCCUAUCGUUGAAACCUUCCCGAUGACGGAAGUUGGUAUUAGGGAGGCCAUGGAGAAGUUGGAACAAGGCCAUAUGCACUUCCGCGGAGUUCUGAAGCCCGAGUUAGCCGCCUGA